AUGUCCGACCUCUCAUCCUCCGUCCAGGCUCUUACCCUCCAAUCCACAACUACUACAUCCGAUUUCCCAGGAUGUUUCCCCUCCUUGAACCCCAUGGACAUCUACCGUGAGCACAUUGCGACUGAGCUAAGCAAGGGCACUGGCAUUGAUGCCGAGCUCAUCUAUACCCGUCUUGCCUGGACCAACACUCUCGACAAGGGCGAUUUGUCCCUGCCGGUCGCUUCCCUCCGUAUUAAGAAGAAGCCUCAAGAGCUCGCUGAGGAACUUCGCUCAAAAUUCCCCGAAUCCGAUCUCGUCCACCCCCCAACCGCUUCUGGUCCCCAGCUGCAAUUCUUCUGCAAGCCCCAGCCUCUGGCCAAGACUGUUCUUGGCCGUAUCCUUACUGAGAAGGCUGCCUACGGUACAAAUGGAAAUGCUGGUCUGAAGGACCCCAAGGACCCCUCCAAGGGCCAGAAGAAGAUCAUCAUUGAGUUCUCUUCACCCAACAUUGCGAAGCCUUUCCACGCUGGUCACCUGCGUAGUACCAUCAUCGGUGGUUUCCUUGCCAACUUAUACACUGUUCUGGGAUGGGACGUGAUCAAGAUGAACUACCUUGGUGACUGGGGUAAGCAGUACGGUCUUCUGGCCAAUGGAUUCGAGUACUUCGGUAAUGAGGAGGCCUUGCAAAAGGACCCCAUCAACCACCUGUUCGACGUUUAUGUCAAGGUCAACGGCCUGGUUGCCGAGCACGACAAGCCCAUCAAGGAACUCAAGGAGGAGAUUAAGGCGAAGAAGGAGAAGAACGAGGAUGUCUCCGCUCAAGAGGCCGAGCUUGCCAAGCUUGUUGAGACCAGUGAGGAUGAGAAGGCCCGCCGCUACUUCAAGAGCAUGGAGGAUGGCAACCCUGAGGCAUUGGCUCUCUGGCGCCGUUUCCGUGACUUGAGUAUCGCCAAGUACAAGCAGACCUAUGCUCGUCUCAACAUUGACUUUGAUGUCUACUCUGGUGAAUCCCAGGUCAAGAGCGAGAGCAUGACCAACGCCUACAAGGCCAUGGAGAAGGCCGGCGUUGCUGAGGAGUCCGAGGGUGCCAUCAUUGCCGACUUCACCAAGCACAAUGCUAAGAAGCUUGGAAAGGCCAUCAUUGUCCGCAAGGAUGGUACUCCCCUUUACCUGACCCGUGACAUCGGUGCCAUUACCGAGCGUGACGAGACUUACCACUUCGACAAGAUGAUCUACGUCGUCGCUUCCCAGCAGGACCUUCACCUCGCUCAGCUCUUCAAGAUCACCGAGCUGAUGGGCCGCAAGGACCUUUCCGACCGUUGCGAGCACAUCAACUUUGGUAUGGUGCACGGUAUGAGCACCCGCAAGGGUACUGUUAAGUUCUUGGAUGACAUUCUGCGGGAUGUCGGUGACAAGAUGCACGAGGUCAUGAAGAAGAACGACGCCAAGUACCAGCAGGUCGCCGACCCAGUGCAGACCGCCGAUACCCUUGGUAUCACCGCUGUCAUGGUCCAGGAUAUGACUGGCAAGCGUAUCAACGGCUACACCUUCAACUUGGAAGCCAUGACCUCCUUCGAGGGUGACACCGGUCCUUACCUGCAGUACGCUCACGCUCGUCUUUGCUCCAUGACUCGCAAGUCUGAGUUGAACGUGGAUGACUUGCCCUCGGCCAACUUCGAUCUCCUCACUGAGCAACACGCCAUUGAUCUCAUCCGUCUGCUUGCCACUUGGCCCGAUGUCCUCCUUAACACUGCCAAGACCCUGGAGCCCGUCACCGUGCUGGCCUACCUCUUCCGCAUGACCCACAUGUUGAGCUCCAGUUACGAUGUCCUCAAGGUCCUUGGCAGUGAGCCCGAGGUCAAGAAGGCCCGCAUGGCUCUAUAUGCUGCUGCUCGCCAGGUCCUGCACAAUGGUAUGCGGGUUCUUGGCCUUAACCCUGUUCAACGUAUGUAA